AUGACAAAAGCAACAAGAAGACAACACCAACAAGAAGACAACAUCAACAAGAAGACAACAUCAACAAGAAGACAACACCAACAAGAAGACAACACCAACAAGAAGACAACACCAACAAGAAGACAACACCAACAAGAAGACAACAUCAACAAGAAGACAACAUCAACAAGAAGACAACAUCAACAUAAGACAACAUCAACAAGAAGACAACAUCAACAAGAAGACAACAUCAACAAGAAGACAACAUCGACAAGAAGACAACAUCAACAAGAAGACAACAUCGACAAGAAGACAACAUCGACAACACCAACAAGAAGACAACAUCAACAAGAAGACAACAUCGACAAGAAGACAACAUCGACAAGAAGACAACACCAACAAGAAGACAACAUCAACAAGAAGACAACACCAACAAGAAGACAACACCAACAAGAAGACCAACAAGAAGACAACACCAACAAGAAGACAACAUCGACAAGAAGACAACAUCAACAAGAAGACAACAUCAACAUAAGACAACAUCAACAUAAGACAACAUCAACAACACUAAACAAUAGGAGCGAUAUGACGUUGGAAUUGAAAUGUGGCCUGGUAGAAAAAAAAAUGACAGGAAAUUGGGCAAAGACAAAGUUGAAACUUCAAAAAAAGGCUUGUUGA